UGCGUAUUCUGCGCUCAAGGGGAGUCCGAGAACAUCGGCCGAGCGGUUAACACAGAUUGCUGCGCCUGCGUCGCGUCACGCCGCAUUCGUAUCGAGCGCGCUUUGCCGAGUAGUUGGGUACCCGUGUGCCCCUCUCCCGCAUAAAGAUCGGCACGUGCUCAAAUAAACCUAUCUCUUUCACAAAUACCCCUAACUCGAUUUCCGCGAAUGAAAAUAAUGUGUCGAUAGUCGCUAAUAAUUGGUCACAGUCACUACGGAAUCGGGUGACACCGCGAGUGUAGUGGUAGGUGGGUGAUGGCUGAAAACCACGCACUUAUACCUGAAGCUGUCACAAUGUAUACUCAGACGGAGGCGAUGAAGGAAGCCAAGGACUUGUCACAGAAUUUAGUGAGCGGAGACUUCGAGAGACAAUAUAAGGGUGGAAUGGCGGACAAGUAUACGAAACGGGGACAGACCUGGUUCGUGACCCUGGUAGUGGCGAUUACAGCCAUUGUGGUUUCCUUACUGGUGCUGACGGUCAUACGAGAAAUAGAGAUAUUGCGCCUCCGCCAAGAAGUGAACGACUUAACAGCCAACGUGAUAGCUGUGUCAGCAAAUGUGAACUCUUUGAAUAACAAAAUUUCCAACAAAAAGAUGUUCCACGAUUAUGAAACUCUAGAAGAUGCGAUAUAUGCCGACGAUUUGGAAUCUGUUGGUUCAAAAGAUAUUAAGGAGAAGCAGAAUGAUGACACACUGAAGAAGUUAGAUGACUUAACUGUAUUCGAAGACGAUAGUAUGCCCGACGACGAGGAUUAUGAUGAGGACGGGGACGCUGAAAGUGGCGACUGGUACCAUGAUUAUGACAAAAGAAGAGAACCAGUGGGUGUUACAAACAUGAUGAAAUUGAAGCCAGAAGACUUCACGAACUCGUUACUGUUCAGGAAGGAGGACUCCAUUUCGAAUAUAAGACAGUUAAAGCGCCUUCUGAACGAAAACCCAGAGAACCCUGAUAUAGCUCUGUCAGCGUUACCAAUGACGACAGAACAGACCGAGACUAUCCGAGACAAACGCCAUGUGUUCCCUGAUGCAACACCUGAGGCAAUCGAGACGUUCACCGCUCCAAGAGUCAUGUCGAAGACCGAUGACAGACGUAAGACCAAGAAAUUCUUACCAACCGUUGCGCCAGUCUCCUUGUCAUCAACAAAAGCACCGCCACACACUGUAGUAAGAACGGCUAGAAACAGUGAUACAGAGGAAGGUCAAAGACGGCCAUUCAUCGCGGCUCACUUCCAUGGUAAUACUUCACAUCUCAAUAUUGAAGUACACGAACACUAUAAAGGUAACGGCUUGAUUCGCUUGGCCCAUGGCGCUCACCAUGAUGUAUGGUACCCCUCGAGCUGGACCUUGGCCUCACCACAUUCCCGGCCCACACUCACCAGAAAUGGCCACAUACACGUGCACCACACUGGUGUCUACCUUGUCUAUGUCCAAAUAUAUUACCUAGAUAGACAUGACAUAGUCUCUUGGGUACUCCAUCGUACGAAUCCAGAAAUGGAAGGGCGCGACACACUUCUCCAGUGCACCCAGUCUUCCCACUCCCCCGAAGCUCUGGACAGAGCCAACUCUUGUUUCUCUGCUUCCGCUCUGUUCUUGAGAGCCGGCGACAAGCUCGCUGUUAGGAACACGUCAGGGGACCGACAUUCUAUUAUGGAACCGGAGAAGAGUUUCAUAGGUCUUGUCAAAUUAGCAGACGCGGAAGAUCCCGACGCAGAGUUCUAGUAUGUUCACUACUAAACUUUUAUACCGUACGUUUGUUUCGCGAACAAAUUGUUAACUGUUUGUAUUGAAAUAACCAGGAAUUGAAUUUAUGUUGUAACUCGUAAUGCGGAGCUUUAUGGAAAAGGAGGUGAUAUAUUUAUUGUAGUCACAGAAGUGCCAUUGUUAUAUAGUUAUUGCAUUGAGCAAAUUAGCAAGUAAGUUCUAUUUUACCUUACGUAAGUUUCUACGUAAUUAUGUGAAUUGGUGAUUUACAGUAAUAUUGUUAAAAUAUUUAUUUUUUACAUUAAUUGGCAUUUUACAGACGGUGUUUGUUUAAAAUACUAAUUCUAAUUGUAAGUAUGUUUAUUUGCAAUGGAAUAUCUGUCAUGCCAUUGAUAUUAUAAGGAUGUUGUUUAUAAUUUAAUCUUAAAUUUAAUAUGUUAGUUAACGGAGUUUCAUUGGUAAUUUUUCUACUCGUGAGUACUGGUACAACGUAAGUUUACGUGGAACUAAAAUACAUAUGUAAGUGUAUUUAAGUUACGUUUUCUUGUCAGCAGGGUAUAUAUAGGUACAUUCUAUGUUGAAAAUAAAAACCUAUUUUUCACAAGUUGCUGAACAAUGGUAUCAGAAAUGUCUAUAAAAUGUCGGAUUACCAGUGAUAGAAAAUAUGUUUGGAACACGGAUAACGUAAUUGUCACAUAACGAUAGAGCGAUGAUUUAUGAAUAAAUUAUAUACUUCUCGUAUCUAUCAAAUAAAUUUGGCCUUUUUUUUAGACAUACUAUAUAAAAAAAUCAGCCACUUCCAUCCGAAGAUUAUUAUUCUUAUAUUAUUCUCCUGACGACCUCCAUAGCAUAGUGGUUGGCACGUUACUUUGCAUAAAGGUGGUCUAGGGUUUGAUUUUUGGCUGGCCAAUGUAGGUAACGAACUGCUCUGAAGUAGCUCGGGUCUUAUUGUUCUGAGAUGUGUACCCAAAAUGCAGAUAACUCAGAGGAUAUUAAAAUAUAUAGUUUAAUAAAAUUAUUUGAAAAUUAAUUCGUAUCUCCCUUUUUUGUAUAUUAAAUCACGAGGUCUUUGGAAAGUACUAGUUUUUGAUCUAAGAUAUAAUUAUAAUAUUAAAAAUAUUUAACACUAUUGUAUAGUAAAUACAUAGGUACUAAAAUAAUAAAUAAUUUCGAUAAGAUCAACUUGGUACUCUGGUAUGACUAUACGUCCUAUGUGGUCAUAAUCUUGUGAUAAAAAGGCCAAAAGAUGUCUCUCAUUUUUUAAAUUUAAAUUUACUACCAUAUUAAGAAAUUUUAAUAGUUUCGUUCAAUUGAUAGUUAAACACACAACCCAAGAAUUUAUGUAAACUUAACAUUAGUAUUAUAAUUUAUUAUAUAAGUAUAAAGUUAAGGAUAAAAUUAUUGACAAUGCACACUUGUAUUGUUAAUAAAUAUUGAUGUUUUGUAUUGGUCGAUAUUUAAUAAAUAAUAUCAAAAUUGC